AUUGGCUCCUACUUUGGCAGUGUGGUGUGUUCAGUGGAUGUUAACAGGGAUUCUGUGACAGAUGUGCUGCUUGUGGGUGCACCGAUGUUUAUGAAUGACCUGAAGAAAGAGGAAGGGAGAGUAUACAUGUUUUCCAUCACAAAGGGAAUUUUAGAUCAACAAGAACUCUUGGAAGGUCCACAGGGGUCAGAAAAUGCUCGCUUUGGAGCAGCAAUUGCAGCGCUUGCAGACAUUGAUUUGGAUGGCUUUAAUGAUGUUGUAAUAGGUGCACCACUAGAAAACCAAAACUCUGGAGCAAUUUACAUUUACAAUGGAUUUCAAAAGACUAUACGUACCAAAUAUUCUCAGAAAAUUUUAGGAUCAGAUUCUGCUUUUGGACAACGGCUCCAGUUCUUUGGAAGAUCAGUAGAUGGCCAUAGAGACUUAGAUGACGAUGACAUUGCUGACGUAUCAGUUGGUGCUGAUGGAAAUGUAGUUCUGCUAUGGUCACGAAGCAUUGCAAAUGUGUCCAUAAUUGCCUCAUUUAAACCUGAGAAAAUAAGUCUGCUGAACAAGAACACAGAAAUAACUGUCAAAAUAUGUUUUCAGGCUACAUUUAGACCUGCUAAGAGAAAUAGUCAAGUGGCUAUAAAGUACAAUGCAACAUUGGAUGCAGAUCUCCAGUCCUCUAGAGUGACUUCUAGAGGAUUGUUCAAAGAAAACAAUGAAAGGUACAUGCAGAGGGAUCUUGUGGUACAUCAUGAGGAGAAUUGUGUUCAUGAUGUCUUCAGUGUACUGGAACCUUCUGAUGCAGUGAAUUCACUUAGUUUGCGCAUUGAUAUUGGCCUUGCAAAUCCUGGCUCCAGCCCUGUCCUUGAUAUAUAUUCUCCUGCCUCUGUGGCUUAUAGUAUUCCUUUUAUUAAAGACUGUGGUGAAGAUGAACUUUGUAUCUGUGAUCUUGUUCUGAAUGUUCAGCAGAAGGCAGAUGAUGGCAAACAGCAGUUUGUUGUCAGCAGCAAAAACAGAAGACUAACAUUCAACAUGAAAUUGAGAAAUAAAAAGGAAAAUGCAUAUAACACCAGAAUCCAGGCUACAUUUUCAGACAACUUGUUUUUUGCUUCAUCAUCUUUAACGAGUGAUGGGACUGAAGUCUCAUGUCAGACAGGAACAGCCCAAAGUACAGUAAUUUGCCAAAUAAGCUAUCCUGUUUUCAAAACAGGACAACAGGUAUCCUUUGAUAUUAGUUUUGAUUUUAACCUGAAAAAUCUUCAGAGUGUGGCAGUUCUAAGUUUUCAUGCAUUGAGUGAAAGUAAGGAAGAGCAAGAACUUGACAACGAGGUCAGCUUAUCAGUUCCUUUGCGAUAUGAUGCAGAAAUUCACUUCACAAG